AGGCACUAGGACCCUGCAGGUGCAGCAGAGAUUUUUCAAUAAUGUGCAGUGCAGUCGCGUUCACAGGAGCGCGAGGGCAGCUGCCACAGCGUCCCUCUGGCGCAGCUGCUCCACAAUCUCCAAAACACUGAUCGCGAAUACGGAUCCAGAAACACAGUCUGGGAUCAUCGUUCCUGGCUUCUCCGCGACGCAGCGCAACAUCGCUCUUCAUCACCGGCGCAUCCAGCCGACAUGGCCUCAUCCGUGAGCGGAGCGGAGGAAGUGCGCGUGUCGGCGUUGACGCCCCUGAAGUUGGUGGGUCUGGUGUGUAUUUUCCUCGCGCUGUGCCUGGAUGUUGGGGCCGUGCUGAGUCCGGCGUGGGUCACCGCGGAUGACCAGUACCACCUGUCCCUGUGGGAGUCGUGCAGGAAGCACGCUGCCUCCGUGGACUGGCGGUGCGACAGCACGCUGGGGCAGCAAGGGAGCGAUUGGCAGAUCGCCACAUUGGCUUUGUUGUUGGGUGGAGCAUUCCUUAUCCUCCUCUCCUUCCUGGUGGCCCUGGUGUCUGUCUGCAUUCGCUCCAGGAGACGCUUCUACCGACCGGUUGCUGUUAUGCUCUUUGCCGCAGUGGUCCUGCAGGCCUGCUGCUUGGUGCUGUAUCCCAUCAAGUUCAUCGAGACCAUCAGUUUGAGAAUAUACCACGAGUUUAACUGGGGGUACGGUCUGGCUUGGGGAGCCACCAUCUUCUCCUUCGGAGGAGCCAUUCUCUACUGCCUGAACCCUAAGAACUACGAAGAUUACUACUAAACGUGCUACAACACCCACGAUGCACUUCAAUGUCCUCUUCACUGUUGUGAUAGCAGCUCAUGCACUGAACGUUCAUAUGGAACUGACCCUCAACUUUGCAAACACACACAAAGACCCUUAAAAUGCAGGGCAAUGUCGAGAUACAUCGAUUUUGAUUCUUUUUCCCUCUAUCACGCAAUUAAACCCCAUCAAACUCUCGCUCUUUUUCCGUAUGUCAUCUCUCCCUCUCUCUCUCUUCUCAUGUCAUUCUAACACCUCUGAUCUUCCUCUGACUGUCAGAUGAGCAUCUGACUCCAGAUGUCAGCCUAUGUUCACAGGAAUACUGCCAGUCUGUGAUGUAAUCAGUGGGGAAACCUCCAUCUGUGGUGGGAUCUUAAACAAGGCAGACAGAAGUCUACAAAUCUGACAGUAAAACUGUGCCAUGAUAGACACAUUUGAAAGAGAAAAGAAGGUUUAAAGACAAAAUUAAACUGUUCAGAAUGCACCCGAGAACAUAAAAUUCAAAUCACGCAACAGUGUUAGUAGUACAGUUAAAGCACUAAUCAGCCAAACUUAAGUCAUCUGUAUUAUUACAAACUGGUCAGAAAGACCUUAUGCUUGAGGUGUGGGAACAUUCACGAAAUUUGUGUGCAAAAAAGGUCAAUAAUCAAUAGCUUUAAGUCACUUUCAAACCAAGCAGCUUUCUGUUGGUCCGCAAAUCUACCUGGAGAACUUUUUUGUCCUCCUAUAAAACUCCCAAUCGCAUGGAUUCCUAUUGGAAUGACUGGGUUUCGCCACAAAUUUUCACUGAUCAACAGUUAAUGUUAGUAAUGGUAAAAAAAAUAUUUGAGAAAUAUCGAAGGUCCAUCUAUUGUCAGCACUGUAGUUAUGUAUGAAGCACAACUUCAUUCCCCUUUGCUUGUAUUUCCACUGAAAGGACUAUUUUCAAUGCGAAAACUGUGUUGGUCAAUGCGGCGAAAUCACAUGACCAAUUUGAACCCAUUGUGAAAUCGUUUACCCUCCCUUCCUGUGGAUUUCUAUUGAAAUGACUGCGAAAAUGUGCAGAACAACGGUAAAUAUACCACCUUUAUCCACAGAUGUGCAUCAAAGCAUAAUUACUCUCAUAAAACACUAAGAAGCUGAGACUCAUGUUACUUUAAGCACAGAUCAUGUACAUAGCACAUGAAUCGUCACCAUACACUUACUUUGUGCACAUCUGGAAACAUAUCUCCGCAUAUCUCAUAUUCAGUUUAAAGGGAUUUGGUAGAAGAUACUUUGCAUUGUAGAAAACCUAGGUCUUGUGGUGUAACCAAGCCUUGCAUAUAGACUAGUUUUUUGACCGGUAUCUGAAGAGUGAUUAUUAGUCUUCUUUUGCAUAAGUAUCCAUACAGGUAGUUAAAGGCAGAUUGUAGGGUUGUCUUUUUUAGCACUGUCAGUCUGUUGUGCGCAUGUUGGUGUGUCUGAAUGAGGGUGCAUGUAUCAUCUGAGUGCGUGUUUGAGUGAUUGUGUGCUUUCUGUUGGGAUUUUUCUGUCCCGGAUGCAGUUGUGACAUAUUGUACUAAUUUAUAUACUAACCAAAUAAAGAUAUAAAAAGAA